AAGAGAAUCGAUAUGGUGAACUCUGCGAGGUAUUUGGAAAUACAGGAGGAACGUAGGAACCUACCAGUAUGGGUACACAAAGACGAGUUUCUCCAAGCUCUGAAGGAAAAUCAGAUGGUGAUACUGGUGGGUGAUACGGGCAGUGGUAAGACAACGCAAAUCCCACAGUUCGUUUUAGAAGCUUUGGUCAAUGAAAACCCUAAUCCUGGUGGGACUGGGAGGUUGGUUGUUGGGUGCACGCAGCCUUGUAGAGUUGCAGCGAUGUCUGCGGCCCGCCGAGUUGCUGAAGAGAUGGAUGCAGUGAUCGGUGAAGAAGUCGGUUGCACAGUCCGUUUCGACGAUUGCAGCAGCUCCAGAACCGUGCUCAAGUACCUGACCGAUGGAAUGCUUCUGAGAGAAGCACUGGUGGAUCCGCUCUUAUCAAAUUACAAAGCGAUCAUUCUGGACGAGGCCCACGAAAGAAGUAUAGCCACGGAUUUGCUUUUUGGUAUUCUUGUAAAAGCCUUGACUAGCCGGCCUACUCUUAAGCUGGUUGUGAUGAGUUCAACCCUAUACGCCCACAAGCUCCGCUACUAUUUUGGCGGUCAUGUGCCUCUCAUCAAAGUCCCAGGUAGGCUCCAUCCAGUGGAGAUCAUUUAUACUCAAGAGCCUGUGACUCACUAUCUCGAGGCUGCUAUACGCAAAGUUAUCCAGAUUCACAUGUGUGAGCCACCUGGUGAUGUUCUUGUUUUCCUAACCGGGGAAGAAGAGAUUGAAGAUGCUUGCAGCAGGAUCUUACAUAAGCUCGGAGAUCAAGUCAAAGUCGUGCCACUGUAUUCCUUCCUCCCGCCUGCCAUGCAACAGAGGGCUUUCGAUCCCACACCACAUCCCGUGAGAAAGAUUGUCGUCUCCACAAACAUUGCAGAGACUUCUCUAUCCAUCGACGGGAUUGUUUACGUCGUUGAUCCUGGUUUCUCCAUGCAGAAAUACUACAACCCAAAAACUCGUCUAGACUCCUUGGUGGUGUCCCCAAUAUCCAUGGCAAGUGCUGACCAGAGGGCACGUCGUGCCGGUACAACAGGGCCUGGUAAAUGUUUCAGGCUAUACACACAGGAAAUUUACAGUGGCUUAAUACCGCUGGAGGUUCCCGAGAUGUAUAGAGCAAACCUCGUAAACACAGUUCUGGCCUUGAAAAGGCUGGGUGUGAAGGACUUGUUAUCCUUGAACUUUAUGGAUCCUCCUUUCCCUAAGACCCUUUUUCAGGCCUUGACGGAUUUGUUUGACCUGGGAGCAGUGGACGAUGAAGGUAACUUGACAAAGAUAGGCGAGAUGAUGAGUCUGGAGGUCUAAUUUAAGUUGAUUUAAUCGAUAUGUAGUCCCUUCGAAUUUACAAUUGUUCCUAUUUUUUGAUAUUUUAGAUACUUACUUAACUUCA